AUCACUUGACGAAGCUCAUCCGGUUUCUUGCAGCAAAUUUUAUUUCUGACGCUCGAGAAUCGAAAUAUUCCUAAAUUAAAUAUGUCAAGACGGUAAGUUCUGUCAAUUAAUUCAUACUCGUGGACUAUCAUAAUUUAAUGAAAGAUAUUAGGAAGUUUCAAAGAAAAAAAAACGCCAAUUGUAUAACUAGCUAAUUAUUUACUACCUAGGCCAGAGUGCAAGUGUAGUGAAGUAGUAGUAGUAGUCAGUAGUGUGGUAAGUGUACCAGUAAUGUUACUUUACAAAGCCGUCAAUAGGCUAAGGUGAUUUUUGGAAACUGGAAAUGACAAAUGUGAGUGAAAGAGUUGAUUUUUUCAUUUCUCAUGGCAUGCACUGCACAUUCACAUUUUGUGACCAAGUUCUGUUAUUGUCAUUUUGUGCCGUUGCAUUAUGAAAUACUAAUCAAAGAUAUUAAAUUACUUCUUAAUUAUUGUUAGCUGACAUUUUUUCUUACGAAGUGUCUACAUGUCCUGCGACCAGACGAAUAAUUCUCGAGAUAUUCAUCCAUUGACCAGGUCACCUGACCACCAUAACAAAGUUGGGCCAGAUAUCUCACCGUGAGCCUUGUCACGUGACCGAUAAUAGUCCUAAAACUGGCGUUGGAGAUGUAUGUGGGGGGGGGGGGGGGGGGGGGGGGAGACGAGUAUCAACUUCAUUUCAAGAAAUAAGUGAGGGGAGAGAGGAAGCAAUGCAUACUAGUAGAAAGAGAUACUGAGAGUGAGAGACAAAGAAUAAAAAUGAUAGUGAGGGUGAUAAAUAAUUCGAAGUGUCUACACGUCCGGCGCGCCGGACAAAUAGUGCGGGAGAUAUACAUCCGGCGGGCAUGUCACGUGACCGCUGGAUGACUAGUAGACGUUAUUAUUGCGGCAGGUCAUGUGACAAGUGGUCGCCGGCAAAAUAGUUGCAUUGCAUUUGACAAUUGAUAUUUCAAUAUUGUGUACAUAUAUUAUUCAGCUGAUCCCUAGAUAAUAAAUAAAUGCUGAACAUGCUAAUAUAAUCAAAUGCUCUGAGAUACAUAAAGUGUUUGCCUUUGAAUAUUAAACUAGUCGGCCUAUAUACUAACUAGUAGUAGGUCUACUAUUACUACUACUAUUACUAGUCUAUUUGAUUCCGACUCUUCAAAGAAAAAAAGUCCCAUAUGUUGGUUAAAUAUCUUGUAAAGCUCUACCUUGAAACCUAAAUUUUAAAUAGGAACCAAAUAAAAUAAGACCAGUAGACUUCAAUAGACCUAUGUCAAUAAAGUUGUAUUUCAGGAUUAGUAUUUAUUAUUGCAUGAGAAGAAGGCUAGGCCACCACUACUAUAUCAGACCUAUAUUAAGAUGUAGGGCUUAUUUUUUUUUGGAACUAUCGGCCUCCUCGCCUUAAACUUAAUUAUUUAUCACCCUCACAAUUACUUUUUUACGGUCAUCAUGUGACUUAAACCCCACCUUAAACUUAAUUAUUUAUCACCCUCACGAUUACUUUGUUACAGCGGUCACGUGACUUGGUCGCUGGACGAAUAUCUCGAUAAAGUAUUCUUCUGGCGGUCAUGUGACUUGGUCGCCGGACAAAUGGUGAGGUGAUAUACGUCCAGCGUGACGGACGUGUAGACACUGCCUAAAUAAUUAAGGUGGGGAGGUCGAUAGUAGACCCUACAUCUUAAUAUAGGGCCAAUAUUGCCAAAAUAGUGUGCUGUUGGGGAAGCCUGCGUCUCACGCAAUAUUAAUAGCGUAAAAUAAAAAAUUUGUGACAGUAGAUUUAUUGACAGUCAACUGGCAUGUAUUGGUCUUAUUUACUUUGAUUUAUAUUUAAAUUUAGGCUACUAGGUAGAGCUUUAUAAGAUAUUUAAACCAAGAUAACAGACUUUUUUUUUUCAUUUUGUCGGCAACCUCUUGUCACAUGACUAUCUGCCAGAAUAACACAUACUAGUCGUCUGGCGGUCAAGUGUCAUGCCUGCCAGAAGAAUAUUUCUCUCACUAUUUAUCCAGUCGCCGGUUGUGUAGACACUGUCUUUUUCUUAAAAUAUAUUUUAAUUAUAUAAAGGGCCUAAUUGGGCACUUUCAUGAAAAUUUCAAAACAUUUUUUAAAAUAUAAAAAUACUACAGCUGUAUAGAGCCUGGAGAAUAGAUUUUAAAAAAAACCCACCAAGAUCGACUUUCUAGCUCAAGUGGUUCAAAAGUUAUAAUUUUUUUAGUAAGGACCUCAAAACCACACUUUCACUAUGGACCAUGGAGUUUUCCUCCACAUUUUGUGCCCCUCAUUUUGCCCUUUUUAAAACGACUAUACUUUAUUCUAAAAUGAGACACAAAUAUAAUAGUUACAGGGAAUAUGGUUAAAUAAGAGUACUAUUAAAUAAAUUCACAAAAUAUAAGUUAUUUUUUGUUAAAAUUACGCAAAUUUAAAAAAAAAAAAAUCUUUAUUUUCCUAUUAAAAGUAUAUAAGAUAUGCUGACUCGUCACUUGUUUACAUUUUUUUUUUUUUUUAAAUUUCUCCAAAUUAAUAAUUAUAAUGAUAUUUUUCGGGUAAAAAUCUCAAAUUUUAAAUGGAAUUUUUUAACAUUUAUAAGUAUAAAGAAAUAAAUAAUAAAUAAGGGAUUAUUUUUUUCAAUUAUUUAAAAAUGUUUUUUUUUUGUUAAAAUUAAGAAAAAUUAAAAAAAAAAAAAUUUUUAUUUUACUAUUAAAAAUAUAUAAAAUAUGAUGAAUUGUAAAUUAUUUAAAUUUUUUUUUUUUUUUAAAUUUCUCCAAAUUAAUAAUUAUAAUGAUAUUCUUCGGGUAAAAAUCUCAAAUUUUAAAUGGAAUUGUUUAACAUUUAUAAGUAUAAAGAAAUAAAUAAUAAAUAAGGGAUUAUUUGUUUCAAUUAGUUAAAAAUGGAGUAUUACACUUUUCAUUUUACCAUUUUCUAUAUAUAUAUUUUAGUCCCAUAUCAUAUGAAUGUCUGAGUAUGGCAAAAAGAAUUAGUAUGUCAUUUAUUUUAAGUUAGUAAUCUUGUUUCAACAAUCAAAUGCAUCGUUAAAAUCAACUUUGGUGGUUGAUAGAAAUAAAAUAAGUUCUAGUCAUUUGCUUGAGGUAAGUACAAGUUUGUAUGAUUGUUCUUUAGUAAUAUCUUAAUUAAUUUUUGGAUUAUUGUGCCUGAAAGUGUGUGUUUUUUCUUUGAGAGUACUGAGGAUUAUUUAAUAAUUCUUUUGUUGUAUAUUGUGAAAUGUGAUUAAAUAUAGGAUAUUUCAAAACCAAAGGUAAAUGAAUAUUUUUUAAAAUAUUACUUAGUUUAUGCCUUAAUGAUCAUAAUACUCAUUCAAAUAUAAUUACAUAGCCUAAAAUAUACUUGCAUCAAAUUUAGGGCCUAUUAUAAAUAUUAUAAUAAAUUGUUGGGUCUAGGAAUAUACUAUAAUAUAUAUAAGAAUGAGCUAGAGUGACAUAACGCUAAAAGAGAGAAACAAUAUAAGUACGUUCGGAUUCCUAAAAACAAUCAUAGUUAUUUUCUAUUAUUUUACGGAAAUCUAAUAAAUUUAAAUGCGCAAAAAAUAUUUUAAAUCCGCUUUUAUUUCAGUAAAAGUUUUAGUAUUAUUAUUAUAAAUUACAAAUACAUUUAAAGUAUCAACUAAGGAACUAUUCUAAGCAUUUUAAGCAUAUGUGUUUGAAAGUUAUAAAAAAAUAUAUAAAAGUCAUGAUCAGAGAAUUACACCGUAUUCACAUUUAUCGGGAAAACCCAAGCAUCACUCGUUUUUAGUGCGCUUUUUAGUGCAUUGCUAAUAUUGCGAAAUAAAAUUAAAAUGCAUUUGUUCUAAAUAAUCAAUGAAGUCAUAGCGGAAUCAGCCUAUUUCGCCAAAACUCUGAGGUUUCUUUAAAUUUACUAACCGCUCGUGACAAAACUGAUAAUGUAUUUUCCCUUCUUAAAAGUAAAAUUAAUAAAUACAAUUGAUUGCUUUUUAAAUUGUUAAUAAAACACACACACAUUUUUACUUUGUAUAUUUUUACAUUUAAAAGUUUUGCCUUUUUUUUUAUUCCAAAAAUAUACUUUUAUUAAAUUUUUAACGCAAUAAAAAAAUAAGCCUUUAAAUAUAAUUCUAAUAAGAAAAUGCGGUUUAAGUCAAUCACUGCAGCGCAACUCCAUAGGCAAAUAUCGUUCACUAAACCACUUACAACUCAUACAAAUAAGAACAAACCAUAUGAAGUUCAAAAUAUGUUAGUUUGGGUAUGGAAGGGACUACAAUCCGGUGGAAGAUUUUCAAAAUUUAUUUAAAUCUGGGUGGGGGAGGGGUUGGUCACUUUGUCUCAGGCAGCACAAGAUACGUCUCAAAAUAAAGGAAUGAAUGUGAUAAAUAAUUAACCUUCUUGGGUCCAUUCAUAUGGGAGUUAGGAUGUAGGAUGUGUACAUUUUUACAUGGAUUACAAUAUAUUUAAAUCCUGUGUAAACCGGUAUUACAUUUGUGAAAUAGGAGAUACUACAUUCUCUUUUUACAAAAAUGGGUAUGAUCAUUUUGUCCAAGGCAGCACAAGAUAGUCUCAUAAUAAAGGAAUGAAUUUGAUAAAUAAUUCAAUUUCUUGGGUACAUACAUAUCGGAGGUAGAAAAUAGGAUGUGUACAUUUUCACGUAGAUGACAAUAUAUUUAAAUCUUAUGGUAUUUCAUUUGUGAAAAAGGACAUGUUACAUUCUCUUUUAACAAAUAUGGCCUAUCUGUAUGUUCUUGUUGCUCCAGGCAGCACAAGAUACAUCUCAAAAUAAAGGAAUGAAUUUAAUAAAUUGUAUAAUUUUCUUGGGUAAAUGAAUGUCGGAGGGAGGAAAUAAGAUGUGUACAUUUUCACGUGGAUGAAAAUAUAUUUAAAUCCUAUGGUAUUACAUUUGUGAAAAAAGAGAUGUUAAAUUCUCUUUUUACAAAUAAACAUAUGUUUACCAAUUAAGAAAAUCAAUGGCGUUAACAAAUCUUGGGUACAUUUAGAUAAGUAUACCCAUGAAUAUCAAAACCCAAUCAUUUUACACACUUGAAAAAUUAAUUUUGAAAAAUAGAGAUAAAAAAAACGAAAAUAUAUUUUUGUUUUUACUUUGCAAAAAGUAAAGAGAUAUGUAUAUUUAUGAGAUUAACAAUUUUAUUUUUUUAAAGACACUCAAAUCUGUUAUAGGCGUGAAAAACGGUUGCAAGAUUCUUCUUUAGAUAGAAGAAUUAUUUUUUAAACGAUUUUCUGAUAAUGAUUAACUUUUUAAAAAAAGCAAAAAUGUGUUAACAUUUUUUGAUAAAGAUAUCAAAUUCCUGUAAUACAAAACAUAUAUUUAUAUGAUAUAUAGGGUUGUUGUUGUAAAUUUAAGAUUAGGUUUUUUAACAAUUUUAAGAGAAGAAAAAUUGUAAUUCAAGGGCACGAAAAGGGGUAAAUCUCAAGUAUUUCUCUAGCGUAGUAAUUGUCCCUCAAUUCAUUUCUUUAGUGACAAAAGUGAUAUAAUUAGUGAUUAUUUAGAUUGGGUAAUUUAAGGUCAUGUUUAGAGGGAAAAGUAGUUUGGGGGCGUGAAAGGGAGUAGGUAGGCGUAUAAUAUAUAGCAGAUAAAUGCUUCUCAAACUUAAUGAUGUUAGAAAAGUAAAUAUCAUUACAUUUUUAAAGUUAUGAAUUGGGGUGAGUUUUUGCAAUAGCAGUUAGAAAUUAUCGCAAAGGACCUACCAUUAUUAUCCCGAUAACAUUGAGUUAUUUAUUCUAGUAUAGUAUAUUGUGUAAAUACUAUAUCUAUACUAGACCUAUAGUUAUAGGCAUUAUAAAAAUAUAUACUUAUAUAUGAAGAGUUGAUUUUCAAAAUGCUAUUUCUCCAUUUUUGGUGUUUCGAGAUAUUCGACUUUUUCUGCUACAAAAUGAUGGCUCAAAUUUUUGGAAAAGUAAAUGUUAAUUUUGGUAUAUAUUCAAAAUAUAAGUUAGAUAAUGAUGAAAUUGAAAUAUAGGUUAAUUAAAAUGUAUUUAUUUACUUGGUUCAAUUUCCUAUUUCGUUUCAAAAUGCCUUGUAUCCAGCUUUUACUUAGCGACAAAAUGCUUUAUAUCCAUUUUGAUAGCAUAAAAUUAUUCCCAUUAGCAAAUAAUUCAGUUUGUUUAUAGAUUACAAACCACUUACAUAAACCACUUACAUAACAAAAUAAAUAAAUUGUAUCAUAUACAUUAUAUAAUUGUGUAUGAUUAAUGUUUUUUAUUGAUAUAUGUUAACAGAACAGUAUUAUAAAUGCUGGAAAGUCGCUUGUAAUAGUGUCAUGUUUAGAGUGCUGUAAGUUUGCAUGAUUUGUUUUUAUAACUCUGAAUUCUAAACAAAAGUAAACAAGAUAAUGUUCAAUUCACAAAUCAUUUUAUUAGGAUUUAGAACAACAAAAAAAGAGAAAAUAAUGAAGUUUUCUGAUUCAGCAGAGUGUGCUGCAUCUUCAAUAGCAGUUUGGUUUUGUUCCAGGAAAAGUUGAUGCUUCUUAUUUACAUUCAAAUCAGAGGGCAAAUAGUUCUGUCCUUGAGCACCCUUUCUUCUGUAAUGACUUGCUCUGCAUGUGAAAGAUUGAAUGUGUAAUAAAUAACACAGCUAACUCUGUAAAGCAACUUUUUAUUUUCAUUUCCUUAAAACUUCUGAUGUGUAGUAACCAUGACCAUAAUAAUGUAAAAUGAACUUUAGUGGUUAUUUAAUAAAGUUACCGGUAACUCACCUUGCAGAACCUUUUAUUGUGAUUACACGUAACGGGAGGGUAUCUUUCCUCCGCUUGAAUGACGAAAUGAUUUUUAUUUUUCUCGUUUUGAGCUUUUUUUCUUUCUUUUUCGAGAUUUUAUAGUACAAACAACUCUUUCAUCCAGGCCGUCGUUAUCCAACAUGUUUUUCCGCUUCGUGAUGUUUAAUGCGCAGAAUGCCGCAGAAUUAGCUUGCCAAUCACACGGAUCGGUCCGAAAAUAUACACAUCAUUUUGAUAAUUACAAAAAAUUCACAAUGCUUUAUGAAAAUAAAAUCAUUUUUAGACAUAGAAUAAUAUAGAUGUCUAGGAAUAAAAUUUGUUUUGUAGAUAAACUUUAACAUGUCCUAAAGAAACCUGGUUUGCUCUACAAGAAUGUACAGUUUUCUCUUUUUUUUUUCAAAAAUGGCGGAUACCAAAUUUUUAAAAUCAACUCUUCAUAUAUAUGUAUAUAAAAAUACACCAAUAUAAAUAUAUUAGUUGUAACAAAAGCUAUUUAUCCCACUCUCUGAAUCAUUUAUAAUAGUAUAAUUAUUAUUAUAACACUUUUAUUAAGCCUGUCUAAGACUGAGUCAAAGGCAAAAACAAGUGAUUAUCAAUCCCAUGUCCAUCCAUGGCAACCAACCCAAAAUUAAAAACCACUGGCAUUUCAUAAGCCAACAAUAGUUAUUUAUGUUAUAAAACAUUUUUUAGUAAUAUAAAAUGAUUUAUUAUUACUUAAAUUUCCCAUUUAUAUUCUGGAUAACCAAUUUAAUGAAUUAUUAAGUACCCCACGGCAGCUAUCGAUUAUUGGUAAUGUGCAGUCAUGCACGGUGGGCAUGAUUACAAAUUACAUAACCAAAAAAGUUACUUCUUACACUUUUGUUUUUGAAGCCUGCCUAUGGUCUACACUCAUGAAUUUUGGCUAUGUUAUAAAUGACCGUAUAAACUAAAUAAAACUUUAUUUUAAUCAAUCAGCUCUUGCUUUUGAGAAAAAAAAGUUAUUGAUCAGUGAAGUUAACCUAUUUUCAACUUCAAUUUUCAAAGCUAUAACCUCAACAAACGAAAAAAAUCAAAUAAAUUCUCAAUAGAACAAGCAAGAUGUCGGCUUGAAGUAAUUUGCCAAUGUAGAAUUUAUUAUUAUGCAAAUAAUCGACUAUAAAAAGGGAAACAACGAUACCCUUAGUAAAUUAAAGAGUGGAGGUCGACAUUUUGACAACGAAAUUACGGAAGUGCCUAUUAUAAUAUAAUUUUAUUCUUUUUUUUUAAACAGAAGACAAAACAAGGGUAAAGAGGAAAGCUCAGAUUCCUCUUCAUCAGAAGGUAAGGUGGAUAGCUUUAUUAACUUCUGUUCAAGGAUCAAAUGCCUUAAACAGGAUGAAAAUGAUAUCUUUCAUGAUUUAUGGGAUCUAGGUUACAGCGUUUAUUUCUAACAAAAAUUCUUCUCUUUUUGUAAAUGGUAAUCUCCUCUCCCCCAAUGUGCAUUGGUUAGGUAUUAAGUGGUAGAAAGGUUAAAAAGAAUACAAAUUUCAUUUUCUGCCUAUGCUUAAGGCAUGUAUAUGUUGUGCAUUAUUUAGGCCUGGCCUCCAUGAAAUUUAAUUUUGCAUUGGAGAGCUAAAGAUACAGGGCUAUCUAUGUAGUAUGUAGGCCUACCAAAAUGGAUAAAAAUUGCAUGUUACCACGGUAAUAAUUUUAAAUAAUUGAACAAAGAAACAAAGAUAUCAUUAACUAUGUAGACCAAAUAAUUACUGGUCAUUUUGAGCCAUAAGCGUUUGAUUUUAAAAUUUUAGGAUUUUUGAUGGGCAAAUAGUUAAAUUAAAAAAUAAUUUUGUUUGUCUGCUAGGAUAAUGGAUUAGAGAAGAAUGAAUAAAAAAUUGCUGUGUUAUUAUCACGGCUCUGAGGGGGAAGACAGCAGCUUUAUAAAACCCAUUACAUGGCUGUUUAUACACACUGCUUACUUUAAAUCACACAUUCUGCUUUUCUAUAUUUUGCUUCCCAAAUCAAAUCUUUAUAUAAAUAAUUGAUUUUUUAAAAAUGUAUAUAAAUAAGUUCCAUUAAAAUAUAAUAUAAUAUAAUAAUAUUACAACAGAUUCAUCUGAGUCAAGUGGGUCAGAAAGCUCACAAAACAGCAAGUCCCACAAAUCUUUAGGCAGCAGAACUGCAAAGUCCUCUCAUGUCCCAUCACAGAAAGAUGACAGUCGCAGGAGGGAUGAUAGAAGACGGUCAAGGAGUCCAUUUCAUUCAGAUAAAAAGCAAACCUCAGAUAGGCAUGGCACUUCCUCAAGAAGUGAUAAGAGUAAAUACGAUGAUAGAAAUAAGAGAAAAGAUGACGAAAAAGAGAGAUCAAAGAGGGUCGAGUCUGAUAAGAGAAGUGCACAGGUUGAAAGAAAGAUAAGAAAUGAUGAAUAUAACAAGAAGAAAGAUACAGGGGUUGAAACCAUUAAGGCUAUUAAACAUUUAGCAAAACCAGGUGGUGACCAAAAACACACACAUUCUAGUUCUGAUGAUUCAGACAGGGAAGAAACCAUCCGAGUGAUAAAAAGUUCCUCCAAAACCUUUGAUGUUAAAAAGAAAACUGUUAUAGAAUCAAAAAGUGAGUCUGAUUCGGACUCCUCAACAGGUGAUGAUGACAAGAGACAUGUUUAUAAGGCCGGCGAGGACAUUACAGCAGUAAAGGAAAAGAAAGGGGACACACCGGAGAAAAACAGGAAGAAAAGAGGAGGUGAAAGCAUCAAGCAUGAAGAUACUGAUGAAGAUAUCGCAGGGAAUGCAGAGAAAGAAGAGGGUGAGCUGUCUGAUGAGGAAGAAGAGAGAACACAAGAGAAACCUCUCAUUGCCAUAAGGUAUGUACAUAUUUCUGAUACCAGUUCUCAUCUUCUUAGAAAAGCUAAUUAGGUUGCAAAAUUGUUUAUUAUAAGAAUUUUGACAUGCAUAGAACAAUGUUAUAUAACACAUGAUUAAGGCUUCUUUUAAAAGUGUGUUCAUGCUCUUCCUUUUACUUUUCAUUAUAGUGAUGAUAUCUCAGACAUAAGUAGCGAAGAAGGGCCAACGACCAAUGUCUCACAACGCCAGCGGGAUGUCAUAAAAUCCAUCAAACUCCCACCACCUCAAAUGCCACCCUCGCCUCACACACCACCCUCACCUAACACACAUUCAGAGGAAGAAAGUCGAGACCGACAGCCACUGGAAACUUUAAAGAAGUCUAAACCAGUGUCAUCCAUUGUUGUGGAGAAAGGCCCGAAAGGUGACCCAAAGACAGCUGUAUCAGAAAAGCAAGAGAAGGUUGAAUCUGUUGACUUGGAGGCCAUGGACAUGUACAACUCUAAACAGAGACCCAUCCUGGAAAGUGAAAGUGAAGAGGAGGAAGCAGAUAAAACCCGAGUUCAAAUGGGCAGCUCAGUGACAGUGGUCAAGACAGGUGAUGACAAAAAAAGUGCCCUUAGUCAAUCUGGAGGUAAAGAAAGAUCAAGUAGGAGUGUGGACAGAAGUGGAAAAGACCAGGAAAGAGUUGGCGAUGGGAAAGAAAGACAUGGCUACUCCGAUCGCAGCGACAGAAGGAGAGACCAUGAAAGAAAGGACAGGCACGAUGACAGGAGAAAUAGAGCUGAUGACUACAGGAGGGAGGAUCGGAGGACUACAAAUGAUAGAGAUAAAAGGGAAGAUAGGCGACCAAGAAACGAGGAGGAUAGGAGAAAUAGAAGUGAAGAUGACAGGAGAAGUAGGAAUGAUGAUAGCCGGAAGGAGGAUAGAAGAACAAGAGACGAGGACAAGGAGAUUACUAAGAGGUAAGGCCAACUGUUUGAUGAUGCACAUGUUUCUUAAGUUUAAGCUUGUUUAGUAUUGAAAAGGUGGCAGACAUUCUGUUUUCUCUGCUGGUCACUUAUUAUGGAAGUCACAUAUGACUUUGAUAUGUUUUUUUAAUAAGUUUUUAUUUCCAAAAAUAAACAUUAACAUAAAUAUACUUAAAAUACAAGUUCUCAAUAAUGUUGACUCUAUGCUUGUCUCCGGAACACUCUGUCCAUUCACACACUCUCACUUCAGUCUCUGCGCAUGCGUGCCGUCUGACCUAGUUGGCUAUCUGGAUGGUAUAGUCCACUAUAACAGACUUGUAGGAGCUUGAAGAAAUGAAUACAUUGAUGCUUGCAUCUCAUAUUUCAUUGGCUUGUAAUAAAGGGCACUUGAUCUUAAACUAAUAACUAAUAAAAUAAUUAGAGUAGAGCAAUUGUAACAACUGUAUUUAUAUGCAGCAUGAAUUCCAAUUCUAAUUAAAAAAAAGCAGUAAAUUAAAAAUAUUUUGCAUUGCACAACACACAAAAGUUUCAAAAUUAAUUCGUUAACCAAAUCACACCACUGCUACCAGAUCACAUUUGACAGCUCAGGUAUUGGAGAACCUAUAAUCUUCUGAAUUGUAAUCGACACACAAAUGUACAUUAACUUUUAAAAUUAUUUCUAAUAGUGCUGUAGCCGGCACAGAGGAAGCAUCAGGGGGCCAAGGGGAUACAGGUAAGAAAAAACCAGAUCUGGACAUCACGACCAGGACUGGGGGUGCCUACAUCCCUCCAGCCAAGCUGCGGAUGAUGCAGGAGCAGAUAACAGACAAAACAAGGUGUGUUGAUGAAACUUGAAUGCUUUUUGUUAUAGUUCUCUGAUAUCUAAUUAUAGCUUGCCAAUGUGUGCAUGCAAGAUGCCUUUUAAAAUAAUUGUUUUAGGUAUUUAUGUACCGGUACAAAGUCAGGCUGGUACAAUAACACCAAUCAUAGAAAUUAUAUUAGUCAUUGUGUCAGUUAACUGUCUAUUUAAGUAGAAGCUUCAAUUCGCAUUAUAAUUAUAUAUUUAUUACCACUGGUUAUCUCCAUCUGGAAGAACCCAUCUUUAGAUGUAAUUUAACCCUUAUUAAAGAUCUAACAUUUUUGUGCUUGAUUCUUCAGUGCUGCCUAUCAGCGUAUGUCGUGGGAAGCCCUGAAGAAGAGCAUCAAUGGCCUCAUCAAUAAAGUCAACGUUUCCAACCUUAUUAACAUCAUUAAAGAGAUAUUCCAAGAGAACAUUGUCAGAGGACGGUAAGCUAUUUCUUUCUAUCAUUUUUCUGAUGCCAGACACUUUCUUUCCUUAAUUCAAAUCACUUAAGUUUUGAUUUGUGUCCAUUUAUUUGAGAUCAAGUUUUUACAAGUCCUGGUGGCUAUUUGUUUCAAUAUAUAAUUAUGAGUGUAUUAUUUUAUAAACCUAAUUAAUGAGACAUCAAUAAAUAAUGUCACAUAUUAAAGGGGGAGGGGGGGGGGGUCACAAAUUUGUGACAAUGUGUUUUAAAGGUGUUCAAAUUUUGUGGCAGAUUUUUUACGCUGGUGGCAGAAGGGUAAAAUAUUUGCCAAAAUAUCUUCAUUGUUCAAAACUUACGUAAAAGUAUCUAGAUUGGUAACUUAAAUAUUUGAUUCUUAUGCUGCUAAACUCUUGUAAUUUUCUAUCCUAAAUGAUCAGUUGUUACAUAAUUGCCAUUGGUGUUGUUUCUAUGACUUACCUUUUAUUCCAGUGGUCUAUUGGCCCGAUCAGUAAUACAGGCCCAGGCGGCCUCACCAACAUUUACCCAUGUCUACGCAGCUUUGGUGGCCAUCAUCAAUACCAAGGUAGGUAUUAUUACAAAUGUUUUAAGGGAAAAUAUACAUUUUGUAUCUUAUUCGCUACUUGACUGAUGCAGACCAAAGGUCUAUAAAAAUUAUUUGCAGCACCGCCUUUAUUACUAUUACAUUUUGCAUUUUUGAACAUUUCAUUUUACAGUUUCAUGCCUUUGUAUAUAACGUUUGUGUUUCAGUUUCCUCAAAAUGGAGAGCUUAUACUACGACGUCUUAUUCUGAUGUUCCGACGAGGCUAUCGCAGGAAUGACAAGAGCAUGUGUUUGUCAACCACCAGAUUCAUUGCUCAUCUGGUCAAUCAGCAAGUGGUGAGUUGUGCCCCAUGAAGGGCAUCUUUAUUUUGCUCCCCCUCAAUGGAGAUGGGGAAAAUUUGGAUUCCUGUCGAUUUCCAGUCAGCGAAGUCCAGGCCGGUCUUGAAGGUGAGAUUUGUCAGUGAAGACGAGUCAUUGGAUCGAGGCUGGUCAUUAUCCUGACUGGUCACUGGAGAGCAGGCUGGUCAUUAACCUGACUGGUCAUUGGAACGAGGCUGGUCAUUAUCCUGACUGGUCACUGGGGAGCAGGCUGCUCAUCAUCCUGACUGGUCACUGGAAAUGAGACUGGUCAUUAGCCUGACUGGUCACUAGAAACGAGGCUGGUCAUUAACCUGACUGGUCACUGGAGACAAGGCUGGUCAUUAACCUGACUGGUCACUGGAGACGAGGCUGGUCAUUAACCUGACUGGUCACUAGAAACGAGGCUGGUCAUUAACCUGACUGGUCACUGGAGACAAGGCUGGUCAUUAACCUGACUGGUCACUGGAGACAAGGCUGGUCAUUAACCUGACUGGUCACUGGAGACAAGGCUGGUCAUUAACCUGACUGGUCACUAGAAAUGAGGCUGGUCAUCAACCUGACAGGUCACUGGAAACGAGGCUAGUCAUUAACCUGACUGGUCACUGGAGACAAGGCUAGUCAUUAACCUGACUGGUCACUGGAAACGAGACUAGUCAUUACCCUGACUGGUCACUGGAAACGAGACUAGUCAUUACCCUGACUAGUCACUGGAAACGAGGCUAGUCAUUAACCUGACUGGUCACUGGAAACGAGGAUGGUCAUCAAUUACUGAUCACUUGAGAUAAGGCUUGUCAAAGUUAUGGCUGGUUUUCGAUGUCUUUCUUCAUGUGAUCACCAGAGGCUAGACUUAUGAAAGCAAGGCUAUUCAAUAUUAUCGCUGAUGGUGGCCUGUUUUACUAUUACUGCAUCUAGACACCAAGGCUAGAUGAAUAAAAGGAGAUUGACGAGUCUCUCUCUCUUAUCCGUUGGACUGGCCAUUAGUCGAAUGAUCAAAACGGAUCUCUUCUGCUAAAAAAAUUUACUAUGUGUCUGGUAUGUGGUUCGUUCAGCCGUGAAAAGUCAUUUUCAGAGGCAACUCAAGUCUAUACAUGCUGUUCAAGUCUGGUCAAAUGAGAUAUCCGACCAACAGAAGUCAAUAGAGCUAUGCAAUCUCAUGUGUCUUUUCGAGUGUCUAAGGAUCAUCACCAUUGUGUAAUAAGUCUAGCCCAGUGUGAUCAAAGAGAAACGCCUUCACCAGUUUUGCAGUGAUACUGUAUAAAUAGAUGUAUCUACAUCAAAGUGAUGUUUCUACAUCACCAUGUCAGUCACUUAAAAGGUUGUUUCACAGGUAAUGGCAAUCUCAGUAGCUUAGUUUUUUUUUGUCUUCCUUAACUUUUUCAAGUUCUGAGUUUACUCUUUUGACUGUCAUGUUGGCUCAUUGUUUACACAUUGAAAACCAUGUUGUUUAAUGUUUGUUAUUAUAUUUUGUGAGUGUUACGCUUUUACAUUUUCUUUGUUGAACUGCAAAAGUGCAAAGUAGUUUGUACUCUUUAGCUAACUUGUGGUGUCAUCUGAAAGUUAUUUUAAAUUAUUAAACAACGCAGCUGUCUUGGUGAAUAGAAGAAUGGGAAAAUAAAAAUAGAUGAUAGUGAUUUACAUUUCAUCUUGAAAUGAUAUUUUACUAUGCACCAAUACAUUAAUCCUGUUGGUGAUUUGAGUUAAUAACAUUUCCAGCUCAGAAUUGAUUUAUUCAAAAGUUUAGUCAGAUAAUAGAAAUAUUUGCCUUGAAAUAAUGUAUAUUUAUUUUCAUUUUUGAUUGUCUAAUACUUUUACUUAGGGGCCACUAAAAAAGAUGACUUAAAUUUGUAUUGUUAAAGUUUGAGAUGAUUUUGUAACAGUUUCUGAAACAUAACUCAAUUAAGAUUCUUUAAGAUCCAGCUUGGUAUAGUUAGGAGAUCCUCCUUUCUUGAUCUUAACUUUGUCAGAUUUGGUGUCCUGAUCUCUUGUCACCUGUUUUGUUAUGGAUGCUCUACAUGUUUAUUUUGAAUAAUUUUUUUUUAACAUGAGACAGUGAAACAUUUUUAAAUAAAAGUGAUUUGUGGAAAAAAAGAAAACACAAUGUUAUGUGCAAGUUAUGCUUCACUAAAAUAUUCUGUAUUGUUUUAUUUUAUCUCUUUUGAUCUGCUAUUUUUAGAUAGCCUUUUAAUUAUCACAGAGAUAAUUUUAUUUAUUUUUUUAACAACUUUUAAACUUAACUUUAAACCUUUUUUCUGAAGUAUUUAUUUUAAACAUAUUUUGUCAGGCUCACGAAGUUCUGGCUCUUGAAGUUCUCACUCUGCUGUUAGAGACUCCGACAGAUGACUCGGUAGAAGUAGCCAUCGGUUUCCUCAAAGAAUGUGGACAAAAGUUAACCGAGGUCUCACCCAGAGGAAUCAAUUGUAAGUGAUUUAAAAACUAAAAAUAGCAUUAAUUACCAUACUACUAUGUACAGGUUUGUGGCCAAUGUGCACUUACAAAUUUAGUACUGUAUUCUCCAUUUAAAUAAAUGGACAAAUGUAAUCAAUAAGAUUAAGAUUUUAUUUACAGCUAUGCUCCCAUGAUCUCAUUGUGUUUAAUUUGAUAAGAUUCUUAUUUUAAAUGUGAUACGAAUUUUUGAUUUUGCUAAUUAAAAAAAAAAAAAAAUUACAGGUAAAAAUGUUAAAAUCUGAUGUGAUCAUCUCUGUUUAAAUGUAAAAUGUACAUUUAGGACUUCAACAAUUUUUUCAAAUCUUAGAGACCUUAUUGUCACUGCUUUUGAUUGUUUGGUUUUGGUAAACAUUUAAGACAAUUACUCCAAUCAUGUGUUUAAAUUUAAUCAUUGAUUUAAAAAAGUUUAAAUAUAAAUUUAACAUCCAACUAAUAUUUAUCAUGUAUCAUAUCCCAGCAAUCUUUGAGCGUCUGCGAAAUGUCCUCCAUGAGGGUCAGCUGGAUGUCAGAGUUCAGUACAUGGUGGAGGUUAUGUUUGCUAUUAGAAAAGAUGGGUUUAAGGUGAGUACAUUUUACAAGAUGGUUUUUAGAUGUAUAUUGACUAAACUAAAUAGUCAAACUGUAUAAAUGAGACUUACUUUUCUUAGCUAAGGUAGACCAAACCCAGUUUAAGGGAAUAAAAAACAUUAUAGUGUGUGUGUGCCUGUUAAAUCUAUUUUGGCUCUGAAUAAAUAACCACAUUUUGUACUAUAUACAACACUACUCUUUGCUUGUGUGUUCAAAUUAUGACUGUUAACCUUUAGAUGUAAUGAGAUGUAAAAAUUGUAUUUGUUGAUCUUGUACCUAGGACCACGCAGCUGUGUUACCUGAACUAGACCUUGUGGAGGAAGAGGAACAGUUCACACAUCUCUUGCAGUUGGAAGAUGCAGUUACAGGAGAUGAAAUGCUCAGUAUGUGGCCUACUGUUAAUGCUUUUGUUUUUAAAUCCAAAACUGAAUGAAUAACUCCUAAACUGAAAUACCUGUAUGUUUUCAUUGACUUAAUAACCAUAUAUUUUCAUUGACAAAAUACACAUGUUUUUAUUGACAUCAGUCAGCUGUCUUUAAAAAUUACAACUCAAAUAUUUUCUUGAUGUUUUGCUUUAAAGAGAUUUAAAAAUUUUUUAAAUUUUUCAUACUAUUUACUUUUUUAACACAAACUAUCUGGCAAAAUCAUUUUUGCCAUGUUACAGUGGUUCAUUUAGCACUUGUUUGUGGGAAUUGACCAUAGGGUUAGCCCCUCCAGAACUAGAAUGUUUAAAAAGGUGUAGUCAUCAAAUUUAAAAGACUAUUUUUUUUAGCAGGGCCCAAGUUUGAAACAUUCCUGAUAUUUGAUUAGUUUUAAAACAAAGGUCUGGUUAAGUUAACACAAAGAAAAUAAACCAAGACCCUGAGUGUCAAUUAGAAUAUUUUAUAUAAAUUAUAUGGCCACAAAGAGAGAGCUAGUGUUGUUGGUAUUUCGUCAAAUAUACAUGUCAUUUAUUAUAUUUACAUCCACAGAUAUUUUCCAUGAGGACCCAUUGUUUGCAGAAAAUGAAGAGAAAUAUAAAGCACUAAAGAAAGGUAGGUUAUAAAUCAAGUAUGUUGCUUUAGAAACUCAUACAUAAGCUACUUUAGUGGUUCCAAAUGUUACUGCAAUUGCUUUUGGAAUCCAAAUUAAUAAUUUGAACAUUCUGUAAAUCUGUGCUCAGUGAUAGAACUUUAAGACACAUUUUUUAAGUCUAAAAUUGACAUUUAUUUUGUCUAGAAAUCCUUGAUGAAGGCAGCUCAGAUGAGGAAUCUGACCAGUCAUCAGAGUCAGGGUCUUCAGAUAGUGAGGAGGAUGAGGAAGCAGAAGAGAAAGCAAGUGAGUGAAUUAAGCGGACAUGUUAAUUUUAUUUAAUCAUGGAGAUGGUGGGUAAGAAACUUUUCUUUCUAAUCGAAAUCUUUUAAUUAAAAAAUGUCAAAGACUAGACUAUCCUUUUUUAUUAUAUUCAUUCAAUGAUCUUUCCAUGUGUGAAAAUUUCAGAUGCAGAAAAGCAGACAAUCAUUGAUCAAACAGAAACUAACCUUAUUGCACUAAGGAGAACCAUUUACCUGACUGUCCAGUCCAGUCUUGACCAUAACGAGUGUGCUCACAAGAUGUUGAAAAUGGACCUCAAGCCUGGGCAAGAGGUUGAGUUGUGUAACAUGAUCUUGGAUUGCUGUGCCCAACUGAGAACUUAUGAAAAAUUCUUUGGUUUACUGGCACAGGUAUGUAUAGAAUGAUGACAUUGGAACUUCUAAAAUUGUUGUAAAAAAUAGAUAGUUUUUAAUUGUGAUGUCUGCAUCUGACCAAACCUAUUUCCCAUCUCUACUUGUAUUUCUUCAAAUUGGGUUACAUGCUCUAGAUUAGCUUUAAACUACAAAUUAGAUCUUUCUUUGACAUGCGUUUUUUUUAAAAAAUUAUCAGGCUUUAUUUGUAUUAGCUGUACACCUUAUUAUAUCACCAUGCGAUUUUUAAAAAAAAUUAUAAUAAAUAUUUACUGACCAAGAAUUAGUUAAAAUAAAUAUAUUCUUAUGCAGAUUUUGUGAUUUUAUUUUCUGGAUUAUUUUGGUAUUUAAUGACUAAACUGUAAUGUUCAAGGCCAAAAAGGCGUUCAUGAUGUAGAAUAAUUUGCUAAGUAAAAUAAAUUGUAUCAUCUUUUCUUGUUGAGAACAGCGUUUCUGUCAGAUUGACAAAAAGUACAUUGAACCAUUCCAACAAAUCUUCACUGAUCAGUAUGAGACAAUUCAUCGCCUGGAGACCAACAAACUUAGAAAUGUGGCAAAGUUUUUUGCCCAUUUGCUAUACACAGAUGCCAUUUCAUGGGGGGUAAGUUUUCUUGCUUCAGUUUUUGAGACUGGACAUUUCAAAAUUAGUUCACUCAAAUCAGUAAAUGUUUAUUUAUUAGCCAACCCGUAACAAUAUGUUUUGUAGGCUUAAAACAACUAGAAAAUCUAAACAAUGUCAAUGUAAGGAAAAUGGUACCAUUGAAAUUGAAUUUUUAAGUAAAAGCAGUGUCAUUUAAAACUAAUUGGCCAAGGCAAAUAACAUUUCCUGGUGGAAAAUAAAACUGUGUCAAAUUUAGUUUUUAAAAUUUCCAGUUACAUUGUUGAUGGCAUUGUCCUAACAUAUUGUAACACUCCUAUGUCAGAUGAAGUUUUUAUUUUGUCCAAAUACUGUUUACAGCAUUCUUAAUUAUAUUUUUAUAUUAGUACCACCAAUCUAUUAACAAACCUUGUUUUUUAUCUGUGUUGUAUGGUAUAUACUGGUACUCCUUUCUUAACAAUAAACAUCUAUAAUGGUUCUUGGAACUAAUUUUCUCCUCUUAGUCUUAGAUUUAUUAGAAUGAAUAAUAUCCUAGUUUUAUCAAACAAUUUUCUCAAUGACCAAGUUAUAGUAACUGAACUGAGUGUAAAUGUAUUUUCUUAGCAUAAAACUAUAAUGACAUGAACAUUGGCAGGUGUUGAGUGUAGUUAAGCUGACUGAGGAGGACACAUCAUCAGCAAGCCGUAUCUUUUUAAAGAUUCUCUUCCAAGAGUUAUCUGAAUACAUGGGACUUUUUAAACUUAAUGAACGACUCAAAGAUCCGUAAGUCUUGCCUUAAUUACAUUUGAAAUUUUAUUUGUUUCUGUUUGAAUGUUGUCUUCAUUUAACAAAUUAUUAUCCUAUAUGAGAAUAUAUCAUAAAAUGCAGGUUUCAAAUUUUACAGCUACCAAUUAGGGUUUUUAACCCAAAAAUUGUCAUAACGGCUGAUCAUCAGCCAUUAAGGAUGCUUUUGUAGUGUUAUGGCCAAUAUAAUCGGCCUCUACUACUAAUAUUAAUGUUAUAAAUGUGAAUCAGAAGUUUAUUUUUUUGAAUUGUGAUGCAUUUUCCACUGUUUUGUUAUUAAAACUAACUUGUAGAACUCAGAUAUUGGCCAUGCAAAAUAUAAAAGCCUAAUUAUUUUAUGUGAAAGUGAUUUUGAAGAUAGUUGGCAUUACUUGUGUUAGUGUUAAUUAUGAUAGUGGAUCUUGCACUGGUAGCAAUUCAUGUACUAAUGGGGGAACUAGUGGAGAAUAAGGUACCGGUACUAAUGAAUUUACUAGGCAUUACAUCCUUCCCUGUGGCACUACAGCUCAUGUGGGGGGGGGCAUUGGCCUGCAACAUCACUUCCUUCCACUCAGACAUAAGGAUGCUUUCAUUUCCAUGCUUGGAUUCCCAGUUGCUGUAGAUCUUUUUUCACAUUAUCCUUUUAAGCCUAGGUCUGCCUUUCAGCCGUUUUCCUCUGAGGUUUCGGUGAUACACCCUCUUCACUCCUGUGUCAUUCAGCAUUCUCUGAAUUAUUUUUAAGCCUGCCCUUUUUUAUUUCUGCUACUAGCAUAGGAUACUUUAAUUUUCUCAGUUGGUCCAUAUAUUUUCUGGAGAACUUUUCUAUCCCUUGUGUUAAAUAGGUUUUCUUCAUUUUUUUUGUUAGGUUCCAAGCUUUAUUUGGAAAACGUUACAGCUAGUCUUUAUAGUUAUCUUUGAGUUUUUGUGACUACUGAAGCAUGCCCUGUUUCCGACCGAUAUUCUUUCUUCUAUUUCUGUUAGUAAUUAAUUUCUUUCAUUUAUUAAAGAUAUUUGAAUGGAUUUACUUUUUCAAAAGUGUUGUGUCUAAUUUUAAUGGUUUCAUCCGCCUGUUCUUUUGUGACAUGUAUUUUGUUUUUUGGUAGUUAACUUCCAGCCCUGCUUGUAAUGAUGCAACUACUAAGUCAUUCAAAGCUUUUGAUAUGUCUUUACUACUUUUCCCUACUACUAACAGUAAUAUGUCAUCAGCAUAUGCAAUAUACUGAAAGGGUUGGUUGUAGAGAGUGCCUGACUUUUUUUUGGGGGUGGGGGGGGGGGCAAAAAAUUGGAUAGUAUGUGUUGUCAUCCGCAAUGAUUCUAUGUGCCAAGUUUCAGCUCAACAUGUUGACAGGAAGUGGGUCAAUAAGCUGUCUGAAGAUUUUGCCAGCCAGCCACUAACAAAAGCAAAGUUAAUAUAAUAUAUAUAUAGCAAUAUUGUACUCACGUUUGAAAGGUCAAGGUCAUAUUCAUUUAACAGACCUCACAGAUUUCCAACACUCAUCAUGAUUACUAUUAGAAUGUCUAUACUUAUAUGGGUCUCUGGAUUCAUUUUUUAAAUUAAUUUUGGGUUUGCAUAUGAUAGUUUGUGGGUUAACAAUGUAUAGCAUCUGUGUUAACUAAUGUAUGAGAAUAAAUGAGAGAUAGAUUUAAUUUAAUUGUCAUUGUGUCUUAUUACCACAGGACCCUGUCUCCAUUCUUUGCUGGAGUAAUGCCAAGAGACAACCCAAAGAACACCAGGUUCUCUAUCAACUUCUUCACCACCAUUGGUCUUGGAGGAUUAACGUAAGUUGACUUAAGUGUGUAAGAGUAUGGAUUCAUUAUUUCAAACUGCCAGAAUGAAAAAAAAAAUGAAUUUGUUUUCAAAAAAUAAUUUAAAAUCUUCAAGUACAUUUUCCUCUUUUUAAUACUUUGCUUGUGGACAACAGCCUUUUAAUAAUUUUUUAAAAUCCAAUUUGUAGAGAUGAUCUGAGAGAACACUUGAAGGUUGCCACUAAGCUUAUUCAGCAACAGAAAACUGAAGCAGAGAAAAGCUCAUCAUCAGAGUCAUCUCAGAGCUCGGACUCCUCAGGUUAAAUAUUCUUUACAUUUAUAAUUUCUUUUCUUUUUUUGUUUUUUUCCUUCAGAUUUAAGAUUUAAAUGAAUAUAUCACAAUUAUGUUACAUUAAAUUUUAAACUGAGUGGUCGUACACAUGCAAUUGAGAUGGUUGCUGUAUAAACUAAUAAAAUGUUUCAACACAAAGUACAAUGUUUUUAUAUUUCAUACUGACAGGUCACUAUGUCUUUGUUAUUUAAGCUGCUUUAUUCCUUUUGAAAUCAUUAAAAAAAAUUUAGUUGAACAAAAGUUAAUUAUUUUUUUCUCUUUCUUUUCAUUGUUUUUAAUCUUUGUUUUUAUUUCUAUUUAGAGUCAGAAAGUUCCUCAUCGGGGUCUGAAUCUGAUACUCGGUCGAAAAAGAAGAAAAAAUCUCCCCCAAAAAGACAAAAGUCACCUGAGAAGAACAAGUCUAAGGCCAAGAAUCGAUCAAAAGACAAAUCAGCAGCUGUGUCUGGAAACAACUCUGGUAAAGGCAAGAGAGUAUCACAAAAGCAAAUAAACGGCAAAAAAAUCUCACCUGAGAAAAACAAAAGAACCAUUGCAGACAGAUUGUUAGAUAUGGCUCAAUAUGGAAAUGUUCACAAUGGUGGGGUCAGCGAUAGAAGCAGAGAGGAUCAUGAAGACAGAGGUGCUAAAGAUAGACACAGGAGCUCAGACAGGCGGGGAGAGGAGGAAAGAAGCGAGGGCAAAAGCAAUGCUAGAAGAAAAGAUGAUACAAGCAGAGAUAGAAGCAGGACAGAGGAAGAAUCAGGUAGAAAUAAAAGAGGUGACAUGGAGAGAGGAGGUAAAAGGAGUCAAGAUGGUAGGAGGACAGAGGAAGACUUUGAUAGAAAUAAAAGAGGUGAGAUGGAGAGGGGAGGUAAAAGGAGCCAAGAUGAUAGGAGGACAGAGGAAGACUUUGAUAGAAAUAAAAGAGGUGAGGUGGGGAGAGGAGGUAAAAGGAGUCAAGAUGAUAGGAGGACAGAGGAAGACUUUGAUAGAAAUAAAAUAGGUGAGGUGGGGAGAGGAGGUAAAAGGAGUCAAAAUGAUAGGAGGACAGAGGAAGACUUUGAUAGAAAUAAAAGAGGGGAGAUGGAGAGAGGUGAAAAGAGAAGUGAAGAUGGUAGGAGAAAGCAUGACAGUGUUAAAGUAGAUAGAAGUAUCAAAACAGAGGAAAAUUUCAAUUCAAAAAAUAAAAGAAGAGAAGAAUCACCAAAGAUAUUCAAUAACAAGAGUGACAGAAAAAGACAGGAAGAGAAACGCAUGAAGAGAGGUCACUCAAGUGAUGACGAAAAUUCUGGGAAAAACAGGAAAAGGAAUGCUACCAGUUCGAGUGAAGACGAAGAUGAAAGUCGGUCCACCAAAGGGAAUAAAUAUAUGUCCAAAAAAAGCCUUGCUGACGUGAGGAACACAAGGCCCCAAAGGGAGAAGUCACCCCUGAGAAAAGCUCCCAAGAAGCGAGAAUCUUCCAGUGAUGACACAAGUUCUGAUGACAAGAGGAAGUCAUCCAAAAAACAGGUCCUGUCAUCUAAGAGCGGGCCGCCACAAGCCGGCCGGAAAAGGAGAAGGUCACAGUCAUCCAGCAGCUCUGAUCAGACGUCAUCAUCAGGCAGUGAGGAGGACGUGCAGGAGAGGAGGAUCAUCAAAAAGAAAUCAAGGGUCAACAAAGAUAAACAAGACAUGAGGAGUUCUCACAAGGAAAGGCAUAGAACAGAUGACAGCCGGUCAAGGCGGGGAAAAUAGCUCUUAAUUCUAGUAUUAGUUCCUUCAAAUUUCUCACUGAUGACAGCAUUUGUACAUUGGUUUGCUGUCAGUUGUACCAUCUGCUGGUUGUCAUAUUUCUCCACACCCCCCACUCCCUUUAAGUGAAUUUGUAUUUUUAUAAAUGUUAGGAGAUGAAAUGAAACUAAAGACUAUUAACUAUGAGUUAUUCAGAUAUCGUUAGAAUUUGCUUUUGAAUGCUAGCAGGUAUAAUAGUAAUAGAGUGUCAUUUAACAGGCUCGUGUACAUUUUUUUUGUAUUAUAGAAACUUUGCUAACAUUUUUUUGCAAGGAGACAGCAUUCUACUGUCCUAAACUGUAAAUAUUAGAUGUUUGGAUCAGAACCAAGUAUGGUUGUCGACUGAUUUAAUACAAGCACAAGAAACAGCUGUAACAUGUCACUUUACUCACAAAUCAUAACCUAGUGGCGCCUGCUGUCAUAAAUGGGACCCUCAGAGUUUCACAAUGAGAAAGAAGCCAGAGUAUACAGUACUUUUUGAGUUUUUCUCUCUCAUUAUGAUUAUACCGGUACUUUAACUGCAAGAAAUAUCUUGUGUGGGUAAUGGAACUACUUCAAAAUCAUGAUCCAUUGCUGUCAAGAACAGUUUGAGUUUGUAUUUGUCCUCAAAAAAAAAAAAAAAUUAAUGCAGGAUAAUUUCUUAAAAACUUAAAUCUAAUAUGAUUUAUGCUGAUGACUAUGAAAUAAAGAUGGGAGAUAAAUGCACACACAGUUCAAACAUCAUCUCUUAUCCAUUUGUCUUUUUAACAGCUUGUGUCCCUUUUAAUACUAAUAGGACUGUAAUAAUAAAUAAAGCCUUGACUUUCAUGCCCACUUUAAAAUAACACAGAGUUGGUGGGAAAAUAUAAAGAUAACAAACAAUAGAAUACAAUCUAAAAUAAAGGUACACUAGCCUAUACUAAAACUUGAGAUAGGAAUUUUUUUUUUUUACUUGGCAAUUCUGAUGGUGCAUUUUGUUUAAUAUUUAUGGAUUUUAAAUAAUAUAAUUUUGUAUUGAAAAUUUCAGUUGUCUUAAACUUUAAUUUACACAUCUUAUGAAGAAAUAAAAAGUUCAUUUAUUUUUUGUAAGUAACCAAAAAUAUUUGCAUGCAGCAUUGUUUAGGAAAGAAUUAUACUUUGUUACUUUUUUUGUUUGACAGCUGAACUGAAAGGGACUAGUUAAAAAUUUACAAUACAGUCGUCCCACGUUUGUCACUGUCAGACUCCACCAUGAUAAGUGAAUUUCUGCAGAGUAGGAUUCUUUAUUUAUAAAUUAAAUAUUUUCAUAGUUAAGAGUGUAUAGAAAACCUGUUCACGACCCUCUAAAUACAUUAUUAGACCCUCUGGGGGGCGCUCUUAUACAUAGGCCUACAGUUCAUACUUAGGCUACAGUAAUUUUAAUUGUAAUACAGGGGUGUAUAAUUGACUCAUACAACUGAGCACACGCUAUGUCUUUUUCACUACCUCGAUCAUCUUUUUAAUGAAACAUGUUAUAUUUGAAAAAAACACGAAGCCCGAAGUGACAAGGGACGACUGUAUUCCAUUUUCAUAUUAAUUGAAAAAUUGAUUGUUAAAAUACAUCAUAACACGUUUCUCAAUUCAUGCAGGUUAUAUUUCCUUGUCAUUUUAAAUUUCAUUUAAUUAUGCAGUAUUACACCUCACACUUGGGAUGCAAGAGAUGUGUCCUUAUUAUUAUUUUUUGUUGUUAUUUGCAGGCAAGGGAGAAACAAAAAACUUUUAUUUCUGUAUGUAUUGAUUGCAAUGUUAAAUUAAACUGAAGUUCAAAAUUUUAAACAUGAGUUUAUUCUUGGGUUGGGUUUGAAUAAAAUAAGAUAAAACUUAGACUUAGAGAUCAGGAAAACAUGGACAAAUAAUAAUGAACUUUUUAAGUGAGUAGCCACAAUUUGGCAAAUGUUAAGGGGUGGCAGUACUUGACAGGUUGAGAACCGCUG